AUGUCUAUCGAGGACGAUGAGCCCAUCACUCUCUCUGCUGAUCCCCGUUUCCGAGUUUUUGAAAAGAACACGCUCAGCAUCCUUGGUCGCCUUCUCAACCCGGACCAGCAGUCUAUGUCAAGAAUGAUUGCUGAUAUGCCAAGGCACUGGAGGGUCUACAAUAGGGUCAGAGGUAUUGCCCUCUCAAAGGACAAGUUCCAAUUCAUCUUUGACAGAGAAGAAGAUCUACAGACUGUCUUAAACGAUCGUCCAUGGUCCUUUAAUCAUUGGACCAUGCUUCUGGAGCGAUGGACUGCGAACCCUCCUGAUGACUUCCUCACCAAGUUUGAAGUAUGGAUCCGUAUCAGGAAUAUCCCCUACAACUACUACACGAUAGAUACUAUGAACGAGCUUGCAAAAGCCAUCGGAAAGGUGGAGGAAAUUGCUUUCGACCCCAACGUCUCACAUAAAUCAGAUUUCACUAGAGCUAAAGUUCUGUUUGAUAUCUCGAAGCCUGCUCGUGAUGAAAAAAUCCUAAACAUCAAAGAUGAGAAACCUGUCACCAUUGCUUACGAGUAUGAGAGGAUCCGUAAGAAGUGCUUCCACUGCUUCCGUCUCACACACGAGAAGCCUCAAUGCCCUCUGCUCAAAAAGCCCCACAGAAGGAAUGUGUCUAAUGUCCAUACCCCUGCUGAGCCUUCGGCUUUGGCUUCUAAGAAAGUUCUCACGAAGCCUCCUGGAAUGAACUACCCUGAUGGUCCUCCUAGUUUCCCUCCCAUGUUUCCAGAGCUCUUUCCAUUUGAUCGUCAGCAGGCUCUCAUGUACAUCUCUCAUCCUGAUGAGAAGGAGCGCAUGGCUAGAAUCCAAAGAGUACAGCUCUCCAUCGCUGAUAAACGGAGUGAGGAAGACAAUGCCAUGCCAGUUAUCUCGUACGACCUGAACAAAACAAAGGGAUGGUCUUUGGUUAUGAGGAGGGAAGUGACAAACUCAAGAGUAUCAGUCUUGAAGGGACUCAAUGAUGCGCUUCUGCACCCUUGGACCUUCUUGCGAAUGAACCUCACUGCCGGUGUUUCUAGCCUCCUAAAGAAGCCGAGAAACAGACCGCCUUCAUGGAAAAGGAAGGCAAGAGCCUCAACCAAACCUACUUCCACCUCAGUAAUCUCUCUCCCCGAGGAGGACACUGAUAAUGGCAAGAGGAAAGCGGAGUCUUCUGGAUACGACUCAACAAAAAGAUCCAACCUCAACCAAGACCCCACGGUGGCUUCCGUAUUGAAGCCGCUGCCUCCCCAAUGA